AUGUCCGACGACGAGCGCAUGGGCGACUUUGGUGGCGACAACUACGACUACGAGGAAGCCGACCACAUUGAAUAUGAGGCCGAGAUCGAGCACGAAGAUGAGGACAACAUCAUUGUUUCGGGCGAUGUGCCAGACGACGUCAAGCAGCGCACCGGCAAGGCGGCCAAAGCAAACGAGGUGCGCAUCACCACGCCGUACAUGACAAAGUACGAACGCGCGCGUGUGCUCGGGACGCGGGCGUUGCAGAUCUCUAUGAAUGCGCCAGUCCUUGUUCCCGUCGAGGGCGAGACGGACCCACUGGAGAUCGCGCUCAAGGAGCUCGCCGCUAAGAAAAUCCCACUCGUCAUCCGCCGCUUCCUCCCUGACAACUCGUUCGAGGACUGGAAGGUCGAGGAGCUGAUCGUGCAGGAGUAGAGGGCUGUGUGACUAUUAUGCAUUGUAUCAAUCUAG